GUGUGUGAGUAUGGGGGAUGCAGCAGUGGAGCCUGCUUUGGUGCAGACUCUAGCACUGAGUGUGGUUAAAAGCUCCAGAUACAUUUCUCUAUCUCCCUCCUUCCAGCGCUGCUCCCUGUCCUCCUGGAUUAAAGAGAACAUCAAGAAGAAGGAGUGCUGCUACUUUGUGGAAGAUGGCAGAGAGGGGAUUUGUAUGUGUGGCUACCCAAAGGUCCACCACACUGAUGAGGCCAUCAAGCCGGAGGAAUUCAUGGGGGAGCAGUGGGACCAACACAGACAUGUUAGACAGGUCCCCACUGAUGCAUUCGGUGACAUCAACUUUGGAGGAAUCGGACAGAAAAUAGCAAAGUAUAUCCGUGUAUCUUCAGAAACUUCUGCUGAGGUGCUGUACCAGCUGAUGACAGAACGUUGGAAGCUCAACCCCCCAAACCUGUUAAUCUCAGUGACAGGUGGAGCCAAGAACUUCUACAUGAAGACUCACCUGAAGGAUAAGUUCCGCAGAGGGCUAAUUAAAGUGGCCCAAACCACAGGUGCCUGGAUCCUGACAGGUGGCACACACACGGGUGUGAUGAAGCAUGUCGGGAGUGCAGUGCGGGACUACACCCUCAGCAGCAACAAUGUGGAGGGACAGAUUGUGGCAAUUGGUGUGGCUACCUGGGGGGUCAUCCACAACCGGCAGGGUCUCGUCCAUUCUGAGGGUCGCUUUCCUGCUCAUUACUAUCUGGAUGAGCAGGGUCAGGGCCGUCUCUCUUGUCUGGAUGUUAACCAUUCUCAUUUCCUGCUGGUGGAUGAUGGUACACAUGGCCAUUAUGGGGUUGAGAUUGACCUUCGUGGUAGGCUAGAGAAGCUGAUCUCAGAGCAGCCUCUGGGAAACGGAGAGAGUGGCGUGAAGAUUCCAGUGGUGUGUGUGGUGCUGGAUGGUGGACCUGGAACUCUGAAUACGAUCUACAACUCUAUGAUGAACAGCACUCCAUGUGUUAUUCUGGAAGGGUCUGGGCGCUUAGCUGAUGUCAUCGCUCAUGUGGCUGGUCUGCCCUUGUCAAAGGUCACUCUGGCUCUUAUCCACCGACUGCUGAAGAGGUUUUUUGCAGAGGAGUAUGAGUCCUUCUCUGAGCUCAAGAUCAUUGAGUGGACCAAGAAGAUUCAAGACAUAGUUCGAAUGCCCCAGCUGCUGACGGUGUUCUGCAUCGACGAGGAGAAAAACAGUGACCUGGAUGUGGCCAUUCUCCAAGCUUUUCUAAAAGCCUCCCGUAGCAGUGUCAGUGUGGGCAAGCAGAACAGGGAGAGACAGCUGGAGCUGGCUGUGGCCUGGAAUCGUGUGGACAUUGCAGAGAGCGAGAUAUUUACUGAAGAAAGUCAAUGGAAGUCCAGUGACCUGCACCAGGCCAUGUUCUCUGCAUUGGUGGGCCAUAAAUCUGAGUUUGUGAGUCUUCUGCUGGAGAACGGAGUGUCCAUCCGCCAGUUUCUCCAACAUCAAGAUACCCUCCAUGAGCUGUAUACACACCUGCCCAGCUGCCUUUUCUUGCGCAAACUGGCUAAGCGUGCUCCAAGAGGCACUAAAAUUGCACUCAACCAUGUGUCGGAUGAAGUGCGUCACCUGCUGGGCAGUUUUACUCAGCCGCUGUACCUCCCAGCAUCACCCCGUCAGAGAGCAGCGAAAUCUAACGAUGACAUCUGUUUAACAGUGCCAGUCAAAGGCCACGGCCUGGAACUGCCGUGCUUUGAGGAAAAGAGAACUCCAGACACUGUAUGGGACCCAGGCAGAGACCUCUUCCUCUGGAGUGUGCUGCAGAACAAGAGAGAACUGGCAGAAAUCACUUGGGAACAGUGCAGUGACUGUAUGGCUGCUGCUCUGGCUGCCAGUAAGAUCCUGAAGAAGCUUGCUGAAGAGGGAGGGGACAAUGGAGAGGAAACCGAAUCUAUGAGAGAACUCGCCAACCACUAUGAGAAACGGGCCAUCGGUGUGUUCAGCGAGUGUCAUAGCAAUGAUGAACAGAGAGCUCAGAAGCUGCUGACUCGGGUCUCGCCGUCUUGGGGUGGGGCAACCUGUCUGCGCCUCGCCCUCGAGGCUGAUGACAAGAGCUUCAUAGCUCACUCAGGGGUCCAGGCCCUGCUGACUCAGAUCUGGUAUGGGGAAGUAGCAGUGGAUAACCCACAAUGGAAGCUCCUGCUCUGCAUGGUUUUCUUUCCACUUAUCUACACAGGAUUUUUGGCCUUCAGGCGAGACGAGGCCAUGCGAAGAGAAGCAGAGCGGACAGAAGAGGAGAAGCUGGUGAUGGACUCUGUCACUGGAUUCUGCACUGAUGACAGAGACAAACCUCAGAAUCAUGACCAAUCUCAGAAGUCUCAUUUGCGUCCUCUGAACUGCUGGACGCGGAUGAUGGGUCUGUUCACCUGCCCUCAGGUGAAGUUCUACUGGAACAUCGCCUCCUACUUUGGUUUCCUGUGCCUCUUUGCUGUGGUGCUGAUGACAGACUUCCAGCCCUCACCAUCCUGGAGAGAGCUCCUUCUGUACGUGUGGCUGAUCUCUCUGGUGUGUGAGGAGAUCAGACAGCUCUUCAAUGACUCAGAUGGAUUUGGCCUUCAGAAGAAAGCAAAGAUGUAUAUUAAAGACCUAUGGAACAUUCUGGAUGUGCUGUCGAUAAUGCUUUUCAUCAUUGGCCUGGCUUGCAGGCUGCAGGCUUCUGGAACAGUGUUCUAUGUGGGUAAAGUCAUCCUCUGCAUCGACUUCAUCAUAUUCUGCUUGCGCCUGAUGGCCAUCUUCACCAUCAGCAGAACCUUAGGUCCUAAGAUUAUCAUUGUCAGGAAAAUGAUGAUGGAUCUGUUCUUCUUUAUGUUCCUGCUCAGUAUCUGGGUGGUGGCCUAUGGAGUGGCCAAACAGGGGAUCCUCAUUCAGAAUGAGGAGCGUCUCAACUGGAUCUUUCGUGGAGCUGUGUAUGAGCCCUACCUCAUCAUAUUUGGGAACAUACCAGCUAGUAUAGACAAUACUCAGUUUACCAUGGACAGUUGUAGUGUAAAUGGCACAGAUCCUCUGAAGCCCAAGUGUCCAGUGCUGAAUGACGAUAACGUUCCAGUCUUCCCAGAGUGGCUGACCAUCAUCAUGCUGUGUGUUUACCUGCUGUUUGCCAACAUAUUGCUUCUCAACCUCCUUAUUGCCAUCUUCAACUACACAUUCACAGAGGUGCAGGAUAAUACAGACACGAUCUGGAAGUUUCAGCGUUAUGAGCUGAUAAAGGAAUACCACAGCCGUCCUGCUCUGCCUCCGCCCUUCAUCCUCCUGAGCCAUCUGUACCUGUUAAUCACACAUGUGUUCCUGCGACGACCCACUGACAAACACAGGCACUUCAGGCAGGAGCUGACUCAGUCAAAGGAAGAAGAGCUGUUAUCAUGGGAGUCAUUCAUGAAGGACAAUUAUCUGUCAUCUCUGAGGCAAGACAAGAGCCAGAGUGUGGAGCAUCGCAUCCAGGACACAGCAGAAAAGGUUGAAACCAUGUCAGAACUGCUGGAGCGAGAACAUGACAGAGGUUCUGGUGUCAUGGCGAAAAGGCUGGCCCGGCUGGAGGAACAGGUCUCACAGUCCACUAAAGCUCUACAGUGGAUUAUGGACACUCUUCAGUCUCAGGGCUACACAUCUAAACAGGAGGCACCUAUAAUGGCCUGUACAGUAAAGGGCACAGGGAGUGACCCUACAGAAUCUAGUGGGCAGGAACCAGAGGAGGAGAAGACUCAUCACUUCUAUGCCCGCCAGCACCACUAUCCUGGCAGUACUGUUAAACGCUUCCCUGUGCCUGAGGAGAAAGUGCCUUGGGAGGUGGACUUCACCCCUUACUAUCCUCCAAUUUACAAUCAGCAAGAAACCCCAGAUUCAGACAGUUCAGCCUUGGACAGCCACAGGAACCCUGCAGGGCGAACAGGAAUAAAGGGAAGAGGAGCUCUAAAAAGUCUUGGCCCUAAUCACAUUCUAGACCCAGUUAUCACAAGAUCUGAAGGCUCUGUGUUGGAGUUCUUGGCUGUUUGGGAGGAGACAGCAGGAUGCUGGUCAUUCCCUGGGGGUUCUGCCCAGCCUGGAGCGCCUUUACCCAAGAGGCUGGAAACGGCACUAGGGAAGAAGCUUUACCAGAAAAUCAAAGCCAAAAUAGAGUCAGGGACUGGUGUCAAAGAGGUCUAUAAGGGUUAUGUAGAUGAUAGCCGUAACACUGAUAAUGCCUGGGUGGAAAGCACUGUAAUAACAGUUCAUUUCGACCGGCGGAGCCUGCUGAUGGGUGAUGGCUGUGAGAUGGGCAGCUGCUCUGAACAGUUUCAGUGGCAGGAGGUGAGCAGCAGAACAGUCGUGCGCCCAUACCAGCGAGAGGCUCUCCGUCUCAUCGCCCAGUUACACCACGCCAACUUCUGAAUCUCAGGAAGACACAAACACUCUUGACACCUCAAU